AUGGAUGAAGAACAGUGGCUAAGACUGAAAACGACGGAUUUGUCAUAUAUAAAUGCAAUAGAAGAAUUAAAUAUUCUUAAUCGACUUAAAUGUGGACAAACAUUGAUCAAAUUUAAAUCAAAUGGUCAUUCAUAUUCACGUCUUUAUUAUCUUGAUAUAUUUGAAAAUGCGAUUCAUUAUUCAGGAUCAAGCCAUAAAUUUAAACAUAAAGCAUGUAAAAUAAAAAAUAUUGAUCAAAUUCGUUCUGGUUUUACAACUGCUGUUUGGAAAAAAUGUUUAGAUAAAAGAAAAAUUAGUCCUGAAAAAUCAAAUCUAGCUUUUUCAAUUCUAUUUCAUAAUAAUAGAUAUUCUCUAGAUUUACUUGCAGAAACAGAACAUAUUUGUACACAAUGGAUAGAAAGUUUAGAAUAUUUAAUAAAUCGUUAUCGUUCUCAUGUACGUACAUAUCAUGAAAUUACAGAUCAAUGGAUAUGGUUUUUAUUUUCUCAUGCUGAUCGUGAUCAUUCAGGUAGUUUAAGUCGUCGCGAAGUUCAUCGACUUUUAUUUACACUUAAUAUUAAAUUAAAUGAAGACGAAAUUGAUAAAUAUUUUAAACUUGCAAAUAUUCGAAGAAAUAAUGAUGAAGAAUUAACACAUUUAGAUAAAGAUGAAUUUUUAAUACUGUACAGAUUGGUAUCGUAUCGACCAGAAUUACUUAAAAUAAUUUGUCGAUUUAAUGGUAGUACUCCGGAACAAAUAGCAGGAAUGCUUUCUGAUAAUACUACAAUCAACAAUUUACCUUAUUCAAUUCCAGUCGAACAUCCUUAUGAUAUGUCUUCUAUAAGUUUUCAAAAAUCGAGAAAGAAAAGUAUUUUGUCAAGAUGCCAUCGACAUCAACAAGAAAAACUUCCAUCGGUUCUAUUAGAAAAUUCUUCGUCUUCAUCAUCAUCUGAUGUUACUGCUAAAAAGAACUGUUUCACUACUAAACAACUAAAAGAUUUUUUACAAUAUGAACAACAUAUGAAAAGAAUAUCAAUUGAAGAUUCUUCAAAAUUAAUCGAUAGAUUUGAACCAUCAAAUGAUAGACGAAUAUAUAAGGAAUUAAGUAUUGAUGGUUUUCGUUUACUUUUACUUCACGAUGAAUUUUGUAUUUUAAAUACUGACAAAACUCAACGAGUUUAUCAUGAUAUGACACGACCGAUAACUGAUUAUUUUAUUGCUACGUCACAUAAUACUUAUAUUCGUGAUAAUCAAGUUUAUGGUAGUUGUACAUAUGAAACAUUUAUACAUGCAUUAUUAACUGGCUGUCGAGCUGUUGAAAUGGAUUGUUAUGAUGGUGAUAAUAUGGAACCAAUUGUUUAUCAUGGUAAAACAUUAACUAGACCGAUAACAUUUCGGGAAACUAUUCUUGCUAUUGAAACUCAAGCAUUUGAGAUUUCACCAUAUCCACUGUUUUUAAAUAUAGAAAAUCAUUGUUCAUACGAUCAACAAGGUGUUAUGGCUUGUCAUUUAAAAGAGAUUUUUAAAGAUCAUUUAUUAUCAAAACCAUUAGUAGAUGAUUUUCAAUCAUUACCAUCACCAGAGGAACUUAAAUAUAAAGUGAUUGUCAGGAGUCGUCGAUAUCCGAAAGGAAAAAUUCCAGCUGAUCCAAAAUCGAAUCAAAGUAGUGAUGAAACCGAACCAAAUCCAAAAGAUUAUCAUCCAGAUUUUGCCAGUUUAAUUAUCUAUUCUGAAAUUGUUUCAUUUACCAAUAUUAAUCAUACAAUCUCUACACAAAAAUGUUUUCAUUCAAUUUCAUUCAAAGAAUCAAAAGUUGAUCAUUUAAUAAAUAUGCAUGCACCUGAACAUCUUGAUUUAAUUAAAUUAACAAAACCAAAUUUAGUACGUGUUUAUCCUAGUAAUAAACGACAAAAUUCUAGUAAUGUACAUCCAGUUAAUUAUUGGACUUAUGGUGUUCAAAUGGUUGCACUUAAUCAUCAAGCAAACGAUGAAGCAAUGUGGCUUCAUCAUGGAUUUUUUAGUGAUAAUGGUGGAUGUGGUUAUCUUCUUAAACCAUCAUAUUUAUUAUCGAAUGAUGAGACAUUCGAUCCAAAAGAAAAAGUUUAUGAAAACGUCAAAUAUUUACAGAUACAUAUUAUAAGUGCACAGCAUUUACCAAAAAAAACGGAUUCAAUUGAAAAUAUCGAUAUUGCUGAUCCCUAUGUCGAAGUUGUUACUCAUGGUAUUCAAUGUGAUAAUACUAAACAUCGUACAGCAUCAGUACGUAAUAAUGGACUUAAUCCAAUAUGGGAUUAUAAGAUUAAUUUAAAUAUUUAUUGUCCAGAAUUAUGUCUUAUCUUAUUUAAAGUACGUGAUAGAGAUCGAUUUACUCGUUCAGCACUUCUUGGACAAGCUUGCAUUCCAUUUACAGCACUUCAACUUGGUUAUAGACAUAUUAAAUUAAGAGCGAAAGAUGGAGAUUAUAUUCAUGGAACAUUAUUUGUUCAUAUUAAAAUUGAAUAA